AUGAGCAGCCCACGACGGAGAAUCGAGACAGACGUAGGUACUCACCCUCGGUGCUCUAGGCUUAUGAGUGACUACGAGGUCACACUUGUCAAUGAUAAUAGUAAGCAGGAGUUCUUCGUCCGGUUUAAGGGACCUGCGGAGACUCCAUUCGAAGGUGGCACCUGGAAGGUCCAUGUCGAGCUCCCGGACCAAUACCCUUACAAAUCCCCUAGCAUUGGUUUUGUGAACCGCAUCUUCCACCCGAACAUUGACGAAUUGUCUGGCUCGGUUUGCCUGGACGUGAUCAACCAAACUUGGUCCCCGAUGUUUGAUAUGAUCAACAUUUUCGAGGUCUUCCUUCCUCAGCUCCUUCGAUACCCGAACCCCUCAGAUCCGCUGAACGGAGAGGCGGCUGCCUUGAUGAUGAAGGAUAAGAAGAACUACGAAAUCAAGGUGAAGGAAUACGUCCAAAAAUACGCCAGUAAAGAUGCAGCGAACGAGGCUGGCGCGGAAAGUGAGGAUGACGACGACAUGUCGUCUGUGGGAAGCUUUGGGGACGAGGAAGACGAGCAACCCGCCGGGCGGCUGGAUGAUGUAUAA